UCAAAGAACCGCGCGGCCAUUCACCCUUCAAUGAGAGAGCCACCCACGACUACUCCUCCGCCGCCAUCCCGCCUCGACGCCUCCGCCGGCGGCCUUUCCCCGGCAGCCCAUCGCAGCCGCCCCGCCGCUCGUGCCGCCAUCUCAGGCUUUCUCUACUGUGCAGUGCACACACAAUACACUCACCACCGAACUCCAAUUCCAUCAAGAUGGCUGCUGCUGGGAUGCCUCACUGCUCUCUCAAGUACCCAAAACCUUCCUUCUCUCAUAAACCCCUACAGAAUCCUCACCUAAAUCGCCUCUUUAGGACCACCCUUACCUCAAACCCGCGUUUUGUGGCACAAAAUAAAAGAGAAUUUGUCACAAAGGCCAGAUCUUUAUCUAAUUCUGAGUUGAAUUCCAGGUCUCCAGUGUCCAUUAGAAAGAGUGAUGAACCAAUUAUUGUCAUUGACAAUUAUGACAGUUUCACUUACAACCUUUGCCAGUAUUUGGGAGAGCUGGAAUGUAAGUUUGAGGUUUACCGGAAUGAUGAAUUGACUGUGGAGGAAUUGAAAAGCAAAAAGCCAAGAGGAGUGCUUAUAUCCCCAGGACCAGGCACACCCCAGGAUUCUGGAAUUUCUUUGCAGACUGUUCUUGAACUAGGCCCCGUGGUUCCACUCUUUGGAGUUUGCAUGGGUCUACAAUGCAUUGGGGAGGCCUUUGGAGGAAAGAUUGUGCGUUCUCCUUACGGUGUGGUGCAUGGAAAAAGUUCUCUUGUAUAUUAUGACGAGAAGGGAGAAGAUGGCUUAUUUUUUGGAUUAUCAAACCCUUUUACUGCUGGUAGGUACCACAGCCUUGUGAUUGAAAAGGAGAGUUUUCCUGGUGAAGUUCUGGAGGUCACGGCAUGGACUGAGGAUGGACUGAUUAUGGCCGCUCGUCACAAAACUUACAAGCAUCUCCAGGGUGUACAAUUUCAUCCAGAAAGCAUCAUAACCGAUGAGGGCAGGACGAUUGUUCGCAAUUUCGUCAGAAUAAUCGAGACCAAAGAGGCUGAAGCUCAGAAGUAGAGGAGACUCCUGUUGAAGAAUGUUGCAUUGUUGUUCAAUUUAAUUGACUCAGUUGGACAUUUUACUCCCUGUAUUAUCCAACAGGAGGUAGCCUAUUGAGCCACUUGUGUUUUUUACUUUUUACUUUCUUUUAUAAACCUGCGGCUCUCGUAAUUCAAGUUUUAUCUAUAUUUUUUUUUAUC